GCAGUGGGGACGUGGAAUACAGUCCAUCUGCAGCCGGAGCCGGUGCAAAUCCCACACAAAACACACAAACCCUCGGAUCUUAUAAAGUUAUUCUGCUAAUUCACUGCAACGCUCGUGUUUGUGUGUGGAUAAAUCUGUGUGUUUGACCGCUGGAAGAACGAAAACACAAGGAUGAAGCUAAAAGAGAUCAACCGAACCGCUAUCCAGGCCUGGAGUCCCGCGCAGCAGCACCCCAUCUACCUGGCAGCAGGUACCUCGGCCCAGCAGCUCGAUGCCACCUUCAGCACCACUGCGUCACUGGAGAUCUUCGAACUGGAUCUGGCGGAUCCCACUUUAGCCAUGAAGUCAUGUGGCUCUUUCUCCUCUCCGCACAGAUACCACAAGCUAGUGUGGGGUCCGCAGGGCAUUGAAGACCAGGGUUUGCCAUCAGGCGUUCUCAUCGCUGGAGGGGAGAACGGCAACAUCAUCCUCUACGACGCCUCCAAAGUCAUUGCUGGAGAUAGUGAAGUGAUCAUUUCCCAGAGCGAGAAACAUUCGGGGCCAGUGAGAGCCCUCGAUGUCAACUCCUUUCAGCCAAACCUUGUGGCCUCCGGGGGAAACGAGUCCGAAAUCUACAUUUGGGAUUUGAACAACUUCAGCUCCCCAAUGACGCCAGGACCCAAAACACAGCCCCUGGAGGACAUCAGCUGUGUGGCGUGGAACAAGCAGGUUCAGCACAUCCUAGCCUCGGCCAGUCCCAGCGGGAAAGCUUCAGUCUGGGACCUGAGAAAGAACGACCUGAUCAUCAAAGUCAGCGACCACAGCAACCGGAUGCACUGCUCUGGCCUGUCCUGGAACCCAGAGGUGGCCACUCAGCUGGUUCUGGCCUCUGAGGACGACCGGAUGCCCGUCAUACAGAUGUGGGACCUGCGCUUUGCCACCUCGCCUCUCAAAGUGCUGGAGAACCACACAAGAGGUAUCUUGUCCAUAGCGUGGAGUGUAGCAGAUCCAGAGCUGCUCCUGAGCUGUGGGAAAGAUAACCGGAUCCUGUGCUGGAACCCCAACACGGCUGAGGUCCUGUACGAGCUGCCCACCAGUGCCCAGUGGUGUUUCGACAUCCAGUGGUGCCCGAGGAACCCAGCUGUGCUCUCCGCCGCCGCCUUCGAUGGCCACAUCAGCAUCUACUCCAUUAUGGGAGGAAGCAAUGAUGAUGCCAAUCAUUUACAGGCUGAUCAGUUAAGUAGCUCAUUUGGAAAUAUGGAUCCCUUUGGUACGGGGAAGACGCUGCCGCCCCUCCAGCUGCCUCAGCCCUCCUCCUCCCAGAGCACCAUCACUCCUCUGAAGAAACCGCCCAAGUGGAUCCGGAGACCCGUCGGAGCGUCUUUUGCUUUUGGUGGCAAACUAGUCACUUUGGACAACAUCAAGCCGCCGGCCCAUCAGCCCCAGCAAACUUCUGCCCAUGUCGUGCAUGUCAGUCAGGUUGUGACAGAAACCGAUUUCCUUGAUCGAUCAAACCAACUUCAGGCGACACUCACCGCAGGAAACUUCCUUGAGUACUGCCAAACCAAGACUGAAGCUGCUCAGAAUGAAUUUGAGAAGACCAUUUGGUCUUUUUUGAAGGUAAACUUUGAAGAAGAUGCACGUGGCCAAUAUUUGGAGCUUUUGGGAUACAAGAAGGAAGAGCUCACCCUAAAGAUUGCAUCAGCAUUAGAAGAAAACUGCAAAUCUGAUGCGGCCGAUGUGGUUGAAGAGAAAAGCCCUGUCGAGAUCGAGGAAGAAGCAGACCCUCCUGCCACAGAGACGCCUGACCUAGACGAGAUUCCUGUUGACGAUGAAGAUGAAAAGCCCGUUGAUGAAGAUGAAGAAGAGCCCGUUGUUGAGGAAACAUCCAACAUAGACGUUACUCCAGCUCCAACCUCCGAGGCCAUUAACCUCAAAGUUAGCCAGGAUAUCGACGGGCUGAUCACACAAGCCCUGCUCACUGGGGAUUACGAAGCUGCUGUUAAUCUCUGUCUCCAUGACAGUCGAAUGGCCGACGGCAUCAUCCUGGCUAUUGCUGGCGGUCCUGAGCUUCUGGAAAAGACUCAGAGGAAAUACUUCACCAAAACUCAGAGCAAGAUCUCUAAGCUCAUUAGUGCCGUGGUGACGAAGGACUGGUCGGACAUUUUGCAGACCUGUGACCUCCAGAACUGGAAGGAGGCUUUGGCUGCGGUGAUGACGUACGCCAAGCCAGACGAGUUCUCCUCUCUGUGUGGUCUGCUGGGCUCCAGGCUGGAGGCGUCUGAGGACUCGACGCUGCAGGAUCAGGCCGGUCUCUGCUACAUCUGCGCCGGCGCGGUCGAGCAGCUCGUCGCCCACUGGGCCAAAGCACAGGACUCCAGCGGCCCACUGUCACUGCAGGAGCUGGUGGAGAAGGUGGUGGUCCUGCAGAGAGCAGUGGUGAAGACUCAGGCCGGGGUUUCUCCUGAUAUGGGUGCGCUGCUGGCAGAGAAGAUGAAUCAAUAUGCCAGUCUGCUGGCAUCUCAGGGCAGCUUACAGACGGCCAUAUCCUACCUGCCCACCAACACUGAGCAGGUUUCUGUUCAGCAGCUGCGAUAUCGUUUGAGCAGAGCUCUGGGACAGCAGACGCCUGUGGCCACAGUGACCGGCACGCAGAACACACACCAAACGCAGACACACACACAACCUCCACAGCCCGCUGCGGCGCCUCAGUACUACCAACAGGGUAGAUCCGCCACUACUGUCACGUCCUGGAGUAACCAAACCCCCACAGCUCUGCCCAGUGUCCCUCGCCAGGCUGUGCCCGCCGCUGACCCGCCGGCCGAGUCCACAUCUCCAGUCUUCGGGCUUCAGUCUCCAGUGAUGGCGUCAGUACCCGCCUCCACUCCAUUCAUGUACUCGCAGCAGUACCAGAACUACCCCCCUGUUCAGCAGUUCACACCCGGCAUCUAUCAGCCUGUGCCGUACUCUUCCUCCACGGCCUCUCCUCUUCCACCUCCUCCUCCUUCCUCCUCCUCCUCCUCUGCUGUCUAUCCUCCGCACUUCAUGCACCCUGCCUCCUCUCAGCCAGCAGCUCCUCCUCUGGUGUCUGGGUCUUUCUCUCCUCCUGCUCUGUCUUCUGGCGUGUGUUUCCAGCAUGGCGGGCCGGGGUCGCCCUCAGCUUAUCUUCCUCCUCCAGUAGCCAGAGCUCCAGGUACUCAGAACGAACCCGCACUGAUUCCAGCCUCCCAGAGAACAGGAGGAUUAAACCAAGACGCCUGGUCUUUGGAAGGACCUCAGAACGGCUGGAACGACCCCCCCACUCUCAACAGAGCUGCCAAAAAGAAGAAGAUCCCAGACCACUUCACUCCACCAGCCCCCAUCACCACUCCCAUCAUGGGCCCUGUAGGGGAACCUCAGGCCCCCGCUGUCCCAGGCAUGCAGACCCUUCCACCGCAACAACAGGCCCCAGAUCAGCACGUGGGCCCAACAACCUUCACCCCCAUCCACCAGCAGCCGCUGGGACCCCCAAGCAGGAAUCCCAACAUGCCUCAGGUUAACAUGGAAGGGCCGCCUGGAGCUCCAAUUGGAGAUGUAAUAAAGUCCAUACCCACUGAGAAGAUCACCAAGAAGCCGAUCCCUGAGGAACACAUGGUCCUGAAGGCCACGUUUGAGGGACUGAUCCAGAAAUGCUUGGCUGCUGCUUCAGACCCGCAAACCAAGAGGAAGUUAGAUGAUGCUCAUAAGAGGCUUGACUAUCUCUAUGACAAGCUGAGAGAACAAACACUGUCUCCAGCUAUCGUCGGGGGUCUUCACAAUAUGGCCCGCAGCAUCGAGUGCCGCUGCUACACCGACGGCCUCAACAUCCACACACACAUUGUGAGCAACAGCAACUUCAGCGAGACGUCGGCCUUCAUGCCGGUCCUGAAGGUGGUGCUGACACAGGCCAACAGACUGGGGGUUUGAUGUCCCCCGGCUCAACGUGCGCACACACACACACCAACAAGUAUUCUCAAAACCCUCAAGCCAUCAUUCCUCAAGGACCAGCUGUGCAUUUCGCCAGUCUUAACAGAUCUGGUUUACACUCAUGUUUGUUCAAUUUGUCUUCUUAAUAUUUUAAUGUUAUGUAUUUGUAAUCAUGACAGAGCAGAGUGCAAUAGGGCUUUCCCCUUUCAUGUCUCGAGUUGUAAUGGUAAAUUAGCUUUAUUAAAUGAAAUGCGUGUUUAUGCUUUAAGUGAAGAGUAGUCUAAGCAGCGAGCUCGUUUCAGGUUCACCGUGCAUUAUUCUUUAGGCGCACCAUUCAUUUGGCAUUAUUAUUAUUUUAUCUUCCAUGUUUGAUUAGGAUAUUUGACGUUUACGAUUAUCACAACCCUGCAUUUCAGCUUAUUAUAAAGAGCUUGUCUGAUAUGAAUUAUGGCAUUAUUUCUGCAGAUGAAACUUGAUAUGGCAAGAAAAUGUCAUCCUAAAAUGUUCAAUUAAUUUUUAAUUGAUUCAGUAUUUGUCCCUCGACUCGUACAAUUGGACAUUUAGAAUUAAACCUUGACUCGUGCUUGUCAUAAUAA